CCAAAAUGAAGUUUUGUUCCCAUUAUUCGCCUCUCAUGAAUAUUACUGUGGUUAAAAUGGAAAUGAUGUGCUCUCUGCGCACUGACAACUGUCCCUCUAGGAGUGGGUGAAAUCCUUGAUGACGGCUCUGUGGCCCCCGGAGCGUUAAUGGCAGGUCGUUUUGGCCCCUCUCAGACAGUUUGCUCCUGUCAAACACUGUUUCACCCUGACGGUUACAGCUCCUGCUGCACUGGGACCCUCCAUCACAAGCCACAGGCCUGUCAGAGAAUUUCCCCACACAGCAGCAGAUCUUGUUUCCUCCACUGGACUCCCCUUCCUUUAUUUAUUUGUUACUUUUAUACUCUCUCUAUUUUAUUCCUGAGUUCUGAUUAUUACAUGCUUGUACUGUACUUGGAACAUAAGCACUUGCAUGCAGACCUGACUCUCUUUCUCCUUGUUUGACAUCUUUCAGUCAACCUAAAGGUCAGCUUUGAUUAUGAAGGAGGGAAGUGGAAGAAGUACCAGUACAGCAAUUCAGAGCAAAAAUUCUCUAUGAAGUGUCCAAGCAGAACAAAAGAAGUUAAUUUUCAAGCACAACAGAAUCUAUGUAGCUUCCAAGCUGCGAUGUGAUGAGGGAGCUCAGCAUCUGACAGCCCUCACCGAAAACCACCAGCUGGAGUGACAACAAGAAGAGAGGAGGAGGGCCCUUGAUGCUGAAGUGUGGUGACGCUGAGGGGAGCAAUUUCAGUGCAUCCCUGUGAAAACACACGCACACACACACACACGCGCACACACACGCGCGCACACACACACACACACACACCCAGACAGACACACACAUCGUGGAGCCUUUUGGAUACAAGUGCUUCACAGGAGACAAUGAGAGGCUUCCUGCUGACUGCAAUCUUUCUGCUGCCCCUGGUGGCCUCACAGUCUGACCACUGUAUAAUCAAGCGUGAACAUGAGAAAUGCAUGGAGAGGAUCGCGCUGCACAACCCCAGCGAUGACCUUGAAUUAGUGUGCCCGUGGAUGUGGGACAACCUGACCUGCUGGCAGGCAGCCAGUGUUGGUGAGGUUGUGGUGGUCAACUGUCCAGAGCUCUUCCACGACUUCAUGGGUCCUGAGGAUGAAAUGGGAAAGGUCAGUCGUAACUGUACCGAGGACGGCUGGUCUGACCCUUUUCCUCACUAUGUGGAUGUCUGCUUCUUCUACGACAACUCCCCCGUACCUGACAUGUACUAUGCGUCGGUCAAGGCCCUGUACACUGUUGGCUACAGCACAUCGCUGGUGUCUCUGACUACAGCUAUGGUUAUUCUGUGCAGAUUCAGGAAGCUCCACUGCACCAGAAACUUCAUUCAUAUGAAUCUGUUUGUGUCCUUCAUCCUGAGAGCCAUCUCAGUCUUCAUCAAGGAUGGUGUGCUGUACGCUCAGGAAGACAGCGACCACUGCUUCGUACACACAGUAGCGUGUAAAGCAGUGAUGGUUUUCUUCCAUUACUGUGUCAUGUCCAACUAUUUCUGGCUGUUCAUUGAAGGCCUGUAUCUCUUCACUUUACUGGUGGAGACAUUCUUUCCUGAGAGACGAUACUUCUACUGGUACACCAUAGUAGGAUGGGGAACUCCCACCAUUUGUGUGACUGUCUGGGCAGUUCUCAGGCUUCAUUUUCAUGACACUGGAUGCUGGGAUACAAAUGAGAACACUGCCCUCUGGUGGGUGAUCAAAGGACCAGUUGUAGCAUCUAUAAUGAUCAAUUUUGUCCUUUUCAUUGGAAUUAUCAUUAUCCUCGUCCAGAAGCUGCAGUCCCCUGAUAUCGGAGGGAACGAAUCAAGCAUUUACCUGCGUCUGGCGCGCUCCACCCUCCUGCUCAUCCCUCUGUUUGGUAUUCACUACACUGUGUUCGCCUUCUCACCUGAAGAUGUCAGCAAGAGGGAGAGGCUGGUUUUUGAACUGGGACUGGGAUCCUUCCAGGGCUUUGUGGUAGCUGUUCUCUACUGUUUCCUCAAUGGAGAGGUGCAGUCGGAGAUCAAGAGGAAAUGGCGCAGCUGGACGGUGAACCGGUACUUUGCUGUGGACCUGAAACAGCAGAGGCACCCUUCGUUGGCCAGCAGCGGAGUGAAUGGCGGGACUCAGCUGUCGAUCCUCAGCAAGAGCAGCUCCCAGAUACGUAUGUCCAGCCCGCUGGCGGAGAAUGCCAACAUCAGCCUCCCUACCUGAGCGUCUGAUUGGCCGGAGUCAACUUCAAGGUGCCGUUCCACUAACAUACAUCCAGACCAACCAGAACAGACCAAAGUGGCCCCUCACACCUCUUACAUUUUGUAGUUUGGCCUUUAGAAAAUGAGGUAUUUCUGAAAGCAUUUACUGGAGAUUCAUUAGAGGUGCAUAGCUGGCUUUCCUACUUUAGAAUUUAAUGUGGUUAUACAAUAUAAUUGUAUUUAUUUGACAAUUUUAGUGGUGCAGUUGAUGCUGUGGGUUGCAAACUUUUAUGAUUAAUCAUGCACUUAAUAGUUUUACAAACAACUCAAAUUCUACUCCAUCAAUAAAUAUUAGGAAUUCCCUUUCUGCCAAUAUUUUCAUGUUAAAUUCAGCCCCUUUUGCUGUUUUAUUUAUGAAUAGUAUAACAUAAUAACAUAGGGUUUGGGCCAAAAGAAACACUACAAGUUGUUAAAAAAAAAAAAAAGAUCAAAAGUUAAGUAUCCAGUGUAGGGGUCAUAUUUGGCUGUUGGUGUAAAGUAAAUGUGCUUCAAAGUGCCAUACAGGUUGCCUGACUGGAUCUGAUCUCAUAACAGUCCAAAGUUAAAUAUCAACCAAACUUUCGCCUUGCUUGUAUAAAUGCUCAUUGUUUAAAUGUUUCAUCUUGAAUUUAAGCAUUUUUCUACAAUCAGCCAUAAGUACAGAGUAUGUCAAAAGAAAUAUAUUAAAAAAAACAACAGCAACAACUCAUGGACUUUGUAAAUAGUUACUUUUGGUGUCUAGAUCAGAGUUUCUUUCUUUUGCAUAACACAGUAUUGUAAUGACCUUUUCAAACAAAAGGAACUGGAGCCCAAAUCUGUAGACUUCAUCACAUAUCCCGAAGACCCAGAUGACCCUGCCCACUCUAUACAGAACUAUUUGUUUGUAUUAAAUAAUAAAAACAAAAUCCACACAUAACAGGAACAUAGUGCCAAAAUGAAUGAGUGUUGAAUAGUAGUGUCUCCCAACCUGGGAGUCAAAAGAUGAAUUAAAUUAGGAAAGAACAUUUUUCUGCUCCAUAAGGAAAGUUAUGUUUGAUUUUUUUCUUGUAAAAUAUUGGAUAGUUUCACCUCUUCAGGCCUCUAAAAAUAUUCAAGUUAACAAGCUGAGAACUUAAAAUCAAUUCUUUCCUUGAAGUACUUACAGAAGUUUGUGACUUUUGAUGAGAGGCCAUGAAUUCACUUUGUACUGUUUUAAAGGGUCACAAAUCAAAAAGGUUGCAAACCCCUGCUGUGGAGGAUUUGACUGUAAAUGGAUUAAUAUAAUGAUGUAUUUAAAGAAAAAGAAAAAUACACUGAAAAUAUACACUCUGAGCUGAUUGAUACUCACAAUCAGUGUCACUGCAGAGAUGUUUGGCUGCACUGCAGUAGUUUCCUCCAGUUGGGUUUCCCUUAAACAGACUUUGCAGACUGUGAACAUAAACAGUACAUGUGCCAUUUAGUGGACGCUUUUAUCCAAAGCUCCUCAUCGUGCCAUGGGUUUAUAUGUGCAGUAUUUUAUUGUAGGUAGUGAUAAUCAGACCCUCAACAUGCUCUUGAAGCGUGUCAUAUCUUCAUUUUAAAUUCUGACAUGAAUCAUCUCCUACACUCAUUUUCCAAAGUGCCUAGUCAGUCAUACAUAGCUAUCACUUUUAUUUACAGUACAAUAAACAGAUAAGUUAAAAGUGUAGUAAGAGUCAAUUCCUGCAAAGAAUGUACAGACUUUUAUUGUGGAUGACUUUGCAAAAUUAUGCUUUUAUUUCAUUGAGCGCAACAAAAAAAGACAAUAUUUUGCUCAUUUAUUCAUAAAAAUCUUCUUCUACAUAAUUGCUGCUUUGUUGGCCUUUUGGGCACCGCUAUAAUCCAUUCAAGAUGACUGCAGGUCCGUUUCAAUUCAGCACUGACUUCAAACACAUAAACAGGUUCAAAACAGAAACAAUACAUGUUGUAACAGUCAACACAAAAUGCUUUAAUGUGACAGCUCCUGACAAUCGCAGUGUUGCCCAUUUUUCUUUUUUCUGUCUUUUUCUUUGUGCACAAGCUAACAAACAAUAAUUUAAUAAGAUGAAAUGUGAAAUGAUGUGUACAGUAGGAUUUUUCCACCAUAUUUAUUUUUUAUAUUUUGUACUGUCAUCUGAGUGGAUAAAAAGAAUGUAGUAACUUUAAACGAUGAAUUGGUGAUAUUGUUGAACAUAUAGGGAUGUAUAUUUAUUUUCCAUAAACCAGUGCCAUGAGAAAUGAGUCAGUGUACAGUAUACAUGCUUUUCUCUGUGCAAUAGUUGUCGUGCGAUUUCAUAACACUGAUGUUGACUUUCUUGGUCAAAGUGCCAUAAAUGUAGUGCCAUAAGUGGUGACAGUGGGAGAUGCGUGGCACGAUGUCUUCUUAGUGAUUUCAAAGAAAACAAAAACACUUGACAGAAAUUGCUGUCCAAAGCUGCAGAGAGAUAACAUAGAUAUAUAACCUGAAAGAUAAAACAUAAACACGACUGAGGAGAGGCAUCAGUUUAAGGCAUCUGCUUGGCUGCUUUUGGACAAAACGGUGAGUGAGUUUGAGACAAGAUAUUAUCAAGGAAACUAGAAGUAGAAAAGAUGGAAAGACAGAAAAGAUUUUAUUUAAUUAAGGUUUUAGAAGAUGGAUCAUCUGCAACAGAUAAAACACAAAGUGUGUACAGGGGUGAAAUAAAAACCACUCUGCUGCUGCUUACGUGUUCUAUCACCAGCCGUCACUCUGAGUCUGAAUCAGCUCAGAUGGAAACGACCAUGUCUCAAAGCUGUUAUUGUCUGUGGAAAAAAAAGAAAAGUAGAAAACUCUUUACUUGACCACGUCUGUGCUGUAUAUUUGCUUACCACAAGGUGGCAGCAAAGUGUUAGAAUUUUAGCUUGACAGUUCAGUAGAAAGGGGAAAUUUUUGACCAGCACUGAUUUGCUUUUUGAGCCUUGGAUUUUGGAUUUUGGAUGACAUAGGAUUAGGGCGGGGCAUUAAAGCACUUAUAUGCCACAUGGUUAACAUUGUUCACAUCUACUUUUUGUGAUUUUUCUUCACACAAGUUAAAUUUUUCUUAUCGAGGCCCAAUUUGCAACACUGGAGCAGUUAAGAGUUGGUGAUUUUAUUUAUUGUGUUAUAGCACUCCCCUCUCAAAACCCAAAGAUGCUUGCUUUUUCAAAACAAAAUGAACGGUCUGAGUUUCAAAACACGUGCUGUGAGAUGGGAGGAAAUUUUAACAAUUGGCAGCACCUCUUAAACCUUCAACAAAAUCAGGCAGUGAAACUUUUAGCUUUAUUUUGGGUAAAGCUAAAACACUUACACUUGUAUGUCGAGAAAUGCCCAUGGAAUACUUUCUUAAUGAAUAGUUAGGAAUAGACAUUUUCGGAAAUAUGCUCAUAAGCUUAUUUUUCUCUGAGGUUCAGAUUGAUACGACUCUCACUCUGUCUUUAAACUAAAUAUGAAGCUCCUGCCAGUAGCCACUUAGCUUAGCUCAGCACUAAGACUGUAAACAGAGGGAAACAACUGGCCUGCAUUUGUUUCAAGGAAACACCUCUAAAGCUCACUUAAUGCCCCUUAAAACAUAUUUAUAUCCUCGAAGGCCUUAUUUGAGUAAAGUGAAUUUAGUACUUUUUAAUUAUUUUCAAGACACACAGAUCCCUUGUCAAUUAGCCCCUUCUUUGCUAGUAAAUAAAACAGCUAGCUACCAAAUAUUAGCCAGCUAGCUAGCUGUUUCACAUUUCUCCCAUGCCCAGUCUUUAUGGUAUGAAUCUUCUCAUCAAAAUCUCAGCAAAAAAGCGAAUGAGCAUAAUUCCCAAACUGUGGGAUUGUUUUAAAUGUAAUUAUUCUUUGUGGGGUUCAUAUCUGUUUAGAUGCCUUUUCUUUGGCAGUUGUGCCUGUUGAACCAGUUCUUAUCAAGUGUUGAGUGUGUGUGCAAGUUGUUUCGAUUGCCAAUGAAUUUUUGAAUGUACCGUUGUUGCUCUGCUGCUCUUAAAUGUCGCCUGCUAUGAAUUUGCCAUGGUGUACAAAUGAUGUCUUUAUUUGAUCAUAUGUACAGUACACUGUAUAUGUAUAUUUUUGGCACACAGGUGGACCUCUUGACGAAGACCUGUAAUGUCUGUGACUGUGUUUUUGUACAUUUAUGUUCAUGUACCAGUUUUCAGAGCGUGUGCGUGUGCGUGAGUAUGUUUGAAGGUUCACAGGAUUGUAUUCUGUACGCAUGUGUAUGUAAUGACAAGCAUUCAUGAGGAUAUAAGUAAUUUAAAUGUGAAAAAAUAUAAACUUUAAUCCAACUUUUGUUCAACUUGUGACAGUGUGUCAUGUGUAACAUGCGUUCUGAUGUCCAACAUUUAUGUCCCAGUUUGUGUAAAUCUGACUGCAAAAUAAAUCUAUCUGUGGUAA